CUUAAUCUCCCAUUUCUAUCAUUCCAAUUGGCCUCACCAAGCUUCCAAAGUACCCUAGUCGAGCACGUCAAAUGCCUUGGCCAAAAUUCCAAUUUGUGCACAAUGGUUGUGUUAGCUAGUUGAACAAGGAAUUUUGGCUUGGAAAUGACGUAAACCAGGGCUGUAUCAGGCUCCCCCUCUUCAAGAAGCUUUAUCCUCAAAGCUGGUGCCUUCCGCUUCUUAAAUGCAUCACAAAACUGCUCCCAAAUAGGGUCGAAAGAAGGUUGCUUAGCCACCACGCCUAUCAUAAAAUUGAUACCUUCAAGCUCGAAUCCACCUUGUACCGACGUUGUCAUAGUCUUCCGAGGUGCACCAGCUUCUCGAAAAGGACCAAAGGAUGGGUAAAAAUUGAGAUUUGGUGCAUUUAAAAACCCCCGACCAUAAAUUUCCAGAUUCUGGCGGUUUUAAGAUUUCCGGCGAGGUUGUUGAGAUUGGGGCUUUUUUCCUCACUCCAUUCUGUUCCAAUUCACCACUUCCAGAAGAUUUGCCUCGUCUCCAGGGUUCGAUUCCAACCUCUUUCGUGCCUCGAAAUCGCCCAAGUCGCUCCAAUUUGAAGGCCACAAACUUCAUGCCACUGGGAAGUUAGAAAUUCCCAGUUGCCGGCGAACUAAACCCAGAAUCCGGCAACCCCGAGAUGAGAUUGGGCAUUUCCGACACCGUCAAGGAAAAUUGAUCAUCCCAGAAGCUUCCUGAUAGACCGUUAAUUACACAUGUUUUUACCCCUGUUCUUACACCGUUUGAGAUGUGAUUUCUCGUGGUUUAGACCGAUUUCACGCUAGGUUGUGCUUGUUUGUGAUGUUUCAGGUCCUAGUACGUGAAUGAAGGCUUAGGAGCGAGUCUGGGGGCGAUUGGACGAAGAACGGACGAAUGGCGAGGUUUUUGGGGAGCUGCACGGGCAGACCAGGGAGGCUGCACGGCCGUGCACGUGAGCAAUAUGGCCGUGCGCCUUAUGCCGAGGACACGCACGGGCAACCCCUGAAGCUCGCACGGCCGUGCACCCUGGCCGUGCGAGAGGGCUGAAGUUCGACUAAAUGACACGCUGCGUUUUGAGUUGCACGGCCAGAAUGGUGAUAUGCACGACCGUGCACCCUGGCCGUGCGAGUCGGGAUUUCCUGGUUUUAAGCCAAAUUCCGAGCCAAAGAAGAGGAGAGCUGGGUUUUGGAUCCCAAACACCCAAGGGACGAACCCUAGAGAGAGAGGGCGAUUUGAGGGCAUUCUUGGAGUAGAGAAGGAGGAUUUCUUCGCCUUGGAAGCUCGAGGAACAAGCCCGGACUUGAAGACUGAUCAUCUGAAGAUUCUUACUGCAGUCUCUCUCUUCUCUAUGGAGUAACUUCCCUUCACUUAGGUUUUGAGGAACCCUAGCUAUGUUUGUUUGAUUGGAUGAUUGUAUGAGUACUCUGACUUGAUAAUCUUGAGUUCAUAUUCAAUCUAUGCAUGUUUUCAUGAUUCAAUUCUGCUUUAGUCGAGAUUAUUGAUUCUGCUUUGAUUAUAUGAGAGGGAAUACCUGAUUAGGUCAAUAGAGCACCAUAGAUUGAUAGUAGUGGAUCGAUUGGUUUAGUCGAGGGUUGAUUCACUGCUUUGUAUCGAUUGAGAACCCCUUUCGAUAGAGGGAGUCUAGUUCAGAACACCUUGAUCAGUUGUUCUAGAGAAGGAUACGUCCCUCUAGGCAAUUGACUCAAGAGGGCCUUGUUCCUUUAGUCGAGACUCAAGGUCUAGUCAAGGAUUCUCCGCAUUGUGAAUGAAAGUGAAACAGGUUAGAGAUCAUCAAUCGUUAAUCUGGCUAGUGGCUAGGGGGAAUCAUACCUAAGUGAGUUCCCAACCUGUAAUUAGAUUAACUUUAACUGUAGUUUGCUAGAGUAGUUUUAGUUCUUUUAUCUUAAUCUGGUUUGCUAAAUAAUAAACUGAAGCUGAGUAAUAGUAACUCUAGAGACCCGUGGAUUCGAUAUUUAUCACUUGAGCCACUAUACUGCAGUCCCUUCCAUUGGUUACACUUGGCCAUUGUUAGGAGUUGUGUCGUAGCGAGUCAAGUUUUUAGCGCCGUUGCCGGGGACUUUCUAGAGUAUUAGGAAAGGCAGAAGUUUGUUACUUUAGCGUUUUUCGUUUCUUUUCUUUUCCACCCUUGCUUUUCACUUGGGUGUUUUUGUUUUUGUUGGUGCAGAUCUGAAUCAUGGAUCCUAAUGGCUUCUCCAAUCAUUGGGGGUAUCCACCGCCAUCUGGGUGGUAUUACCCCGAGACUCCGUGGAGCAAUCAAGGCGGAGAAGACUAUGGAUUCGGGUUCCAGUACCAACCCCCUUACUACGGAGAACAACCGGACCCCUGGGCAUAUCAAGAACAACCUCAUUAUCAAGAAGAAUUUCUCCCACAACCAGAAGGGCCAUCGGCACUGGAGUUACUCAUGGAGCAGUAUGCUCGAGACUGUGAGAGAACAUGCUCCAGGAUGGAUCAGUGUGUCCAGGCCUGUCGUGAAACAGAGGGGAUCCUCCUGAGCCUUAAGAAGAGCGUCGAUGAUCUUGAGCGAUCUUGGGCACAGCCUGCUCCAGAUCACCCUUCUGCUACCAUACAAGAAGAGGAGGAGGAGGAAGAAGGCUACAAGGACAUUGUGGAGCACACAGAAGUUGUCACGGAGAGCUCCCGUGAUGGUCAUGAUCAGGAAUGUCCUGUCGUAGCCGACCACGCCUUCCCACACCCCAAACUGAGCUUUGAAGAGGCGGGCAUGAGUGAGGAGAUGCAAGAAGAUCUCAUGAAAGAAAUUGCUUGGCAACUUGCUCUCCAAUUCGUGCUAGAAGAAGAAGAGCAAGAAAGGGUGCAGAAAGAAGUUGUGGAGGAUGGCGAAAGUGAAGCUGGAGAAGUUCUUGAUCAUUUCCCAGGGGUGAUACCACAUGAAGAAGGAAGGGAGGUUAAAGAAGCAAUUGGCGUCCAGGCUAAGGAUGAAGUUGAGGUGGAAGAGGCCUGCACCGGCCAUGAGUUACAUGUGAUAUCUCCACCAAACUUCGAGGAACUGCUUAGCAAGGACCCAUUUGCAGUGUCUCUUUGCCAGACCAAGGCCACCUCGACAUCGGUCCCUCUUGGUGGACGCGAUGGUGGCCAAUCGAUGCUGUCUUAUCUAGUUUGGGGCAAUGAGACGAGAGAAGAGAAGAAGAGGUCUCGAGGGUGGAGACUUCAUCUGCAUCAAGUACAUGAGCCUUCAUCACCUGCCACAUCACAUGCUCAUGACUUGAGACUCCACCUCAUCGACGAGAACCUCAACUUCAAGGAAGUUCUCUCAUGGACCGAAACUUAGGAGCCAUCGUCCGGCUCACGACGUGAAAGAAGCGCUUGUUGGGAGGCAACCCAACCAGUCGGUUUGCAUCUCUUUCUCUAUUUCUCCUCGGUUGAGUCAGUUUUGUUAUUUGAUUUUAGAGUCAAUAACUCAACCUUUGUGAGAUUUUGUGUGGUGUUUGUGUUCUGAUUACUCUCUCUUUCUGGAAUGCACCGCCUGACCCGUACAUCAUCAUUCACCCUUGAUCUGGUAACUUCGUUCUACCCUCCUUAUCUUUCCUCCAUUGAGGACAAUGUCGUGCUUAAGUGUGGGGGGAUGUUCGAUUAUGUAUGCGGGUGAAUGUUUGGCUGUUUGUGUGCUUGGAGCCUAGUCCACUGUCCAAAUUUUUAAAUUUGAGGGCUCCAAGUACGUGUUCCAUGCAAUUGCCUGCUCAGUAUGCUUUGAAUUGACAGUCUUUACAGUAAUAUGCAACCUAGGGAGGUAGUGUAGCACUAUGGAGGAUGUUGAUGCAUUUAAGAAGUCUCAUUUCUUCUUCAUAUAAAGUUGGUUGAUUGAGUGAAUUAGUGAUCUUAGGACCCUUGAAUUGUGUGGUGUUGUGGAUUUUCUACCGGUCAUGGACUCUUGUAUCAUGUUUUGAAAAUAACAGGUGCUCGAAAAUGUGCUUCAAAAUAAACGUCUCCCGUGCGA